AUGGCGGUUGAAUUGAGCUCGUGCCAAGAACCGCGUACGCACACGCUACGCGUUCCGCCCCCUGCUCCGCCUCCCUCGCCUUUCAAGUCGGGAAACAUUGACAAUAUAAGUUGUAAGAUAUUUCUUGUUCGAUCUUACAAUCAAUAUAAUCGAUAAAAGGUUCGAAACUUGGUUUAGCUCCUGAUGAAAAUCGCCUUUUCGGUAUUGAAAAGUCUUCAACGGAGAUUUUUCCUGACUCUCAGGUAAACAUUUUGUCUUUAGCCUAGCCUAUCAUGAUAAAUUUUGGAAUUUGUUUUUCCAAGUGAUAAUUUCUCAUUUUUCUUUUAUUUUUUUCGAUGGCCCACCGGUAUUGAAAAGUCUUUAACGGAGAUCUGAUAUAAACACGAGAUCUGAUAUAAACAUUUUGCUUUAAAACUCCAAAUUUGGACCAAAUGUUUCGUUAUGGUUUUUUUGGAGUUUUUUCUUCAAGUGGAAAAUUUUUUUUUGAUUUGAUGGCUUUUCCUUCACAGUUCUUGAUCGCCAUGAAAAAACUGAAGUUUUUCUGAAGCCUGGACGUUCAUAAAAAUAUUUUCUAAGAAAAACCGAUAACAUGUGCUCAAAAGCAAAAAAAAAACGAGUCAAAAAUGUGAGAACAGAAAAGACAUGAAAAAAGUUGAAUCCUUUAAGUUUCCUUUGACUUUCUUCGUUUCGUAAAUAUUUAAUUUAAGAAGAAGCGGAACACAACCUGUGCUGGGAGUUUAUGGUCAAAAACUGAUGGCAAUUCUUAGGAAAAAAAAGAGUGGUCCCUGUAGGGGCAACCUCUGGAGCCCUUGUAGGGUUUCCUCUAGGGACAAAUACAACUUGCAAAAGUGGUCCCUACAAGAUUUUUAGUUAGUGGCCCCUAUAGGGGACAUAUUAGUCAAUAAUUAUUAUGAACUCUAAGCGAAAAAGCGCUUUCAGGAGAAAAAUUGUAUAAAUAAGCGUUUUUUGAAUGAGAUUGACAGACCCCUAUAGGGUCCACUUGAUGUUUAGGGGCUAAGGGGUCAGACCCUAAACCUCUGUAGGGACCACUUCAAUUUUACCCCUUCAAGGAUCACUUUUUCAGUCCCUGUAGGGUCCACUCUGGAAUUCCAAAGAUUGUGAGCCUUCAACUCAUAAUGAGUUCUACUUGUCAAACAUAUUUCCAACAACCAAAAAAAUCGAUUUAUGUUAACGUAUAGCAUAAUUCGAUUUUUUUCAUGACAUCGACACUUACGAGAAACGUGGGAUUUGAAAUUUCAAGUGGAACUCAGCGCGAGGAAGAAAAGAGAUCUGAGAAGAAACGCGACCGCCCACUGUCAACACAUUUCUUCUCAUGUCCUGACCGCUUUUAGCCUCUUUUUUCUUAAUUUUUCUUUUUUUCCUACACGACUUUACAUCGUUUUCACAAGGAUUCUAAUAUCAUUCAAUUUUUCCGCGCCAUUUUCCUCAUGAAAAAAAGUUAUAACUAAACAGGAGACCGAUGCGAAAAUUAAAACAGACAGUUUGAAGCUGUGGAGGAUGGAGUAGCUUCUAUCAACUAUCUUUAUCAUGUGAACAUGCAGACUUUCGACAUUUCUGGUUAUUCGCACCCAGAAGAUCACUGAGAAGCAGAUAUUUCUGCACAAAAUAAAAUGUUUGUGGACGUCAUAAAAACCCCGCUCACCGCAGUUGGCACCUGACGUUGCAGAGUUUGACACAUGUGUCAAAAAUGCUCAGGACGAACUUCUCUUGGUUUUGCACAUAAUGAAUUAUUUGUCCUGUUUAUGAACACGCAACGGCCCUUUCUCAGACUAGACUCUCUCGAACUCUCGUUUUGCCCAGUUUGCCCUAUUGUAAAAAUCUUCGAUUCCUUCCUGCCAACAUCUCGAUGUUCUUACUGAAAGUUGGGAAGUUUCUGCUUUUGGUUCCUUGGAAGGCGUUUGGAAGCUUUUCAGCAAGCGUCUGGCAGGCAUUUUCCAUUUUUACCUUCCAAAUCCCUUUUGAAUUCCUUCCAAACACCUACCAAAGGCCCUGUCAAGCACUUCUCGCUUUCAUCCACCUUCCAACCUCCUGCUGGCUGCCUUUCGAACACAUUUUCAGGGUUUGCCUGAGUAUUACGAUUACUUCUGCUUCUCCUUUUUCUCAUUUACACGAGAAAAUAAUCAUUUUCGGACUUUGUAGCCAUGGUCGUUAAACUUAUCACCCAGCUUUCUCAUCUAGACUGUAUUUUGCAGAUCAGCCCGUUCAGGGAUGCCAAAUGCGACGUUCGACUCUUCGCUGAUUGCGGCGCAAUCCGAAGAAGGCUGGCAGGUCAACAGUCCGAUGAUCGUUCUUCUCUCGGCUCUCUCCGUGGUCGGCGUCGUCGGCAACCUCCUCGUCAUCACGGUCGUCUUCAACGUCCGCGGCAUGGUUUAUAUCUUACUCUCACCUUUUUAUUCAAUGACUAGGCAAGAAAAUUCAGAAAAUAUGGGUGUAAAAUUUUUUAUGAUGUGCGAAAAGUGUUUAUACGGAGAGACGGACAGCGAGUUGGUAUUUCGAAAAAACAAAAACAAACGAACGAAAAAUCCUUCGUAACUGAAAUUUUGGAUGGCUGAACUUUUUUUCGAAAAACAUAAUUAAACUUUGACAAAAAAAAACCAGGGGGUUGGAAGCUCAAAUCACGAUUGUGCCGAUUAAAGCGCUGAGUUUUUUUAAAAAACUGUAGCUCUCAAGAGCUUCUCCAAAAAAAAAAAAUCUAGCGGCAGUUUUUGAAAAAAGAUACAAUGGAAAAACUACUUUCAUCUAGACCUCCUUUGAGCCCCGACCAUUUUCUGGCUGGAAAGAUGUGGCCCGCUAUGAGUGAAACGGACAUGAUCUCAAACAGAAAAAACAUAUCUAUUAGCCUUGCCACUCUUUCUUUUCAGAACAAACAUCCGCCCACAAAAAUAUUUUUCCAAGUAAUUCAUAAGAUGUUCUAAGCGGGCUUCUAAAAAAUUUCAAAACCCGGUUUUUUUUAAUCUGAUUAAAAUCAAUCGACAAAAUGAACAUUUUUUUUUAUUCGGACGACACUUCUUUCUUGAUUGUCCGUCAUGAAAAGUGAUCUAGAAAUGUUUCGGAGAAGUUAUUCAUACUGUAGCUGGGUACAGUGACGUAUCUCAGAAAUCGUGGUAACUCCGAUUUUCAGCCUUCGUAACAACCUCAAAAAGUGGUUUACAUAGAUUAACGUUUUUUGUGAUCGGUGUGAGCUCAAUCCUUCUGGGCCGAUACAGUUAUAUAAGAUUAUUAGAGAGUUUUCAAUUUAGUGGGUCUGGCAAGAGUACUGAAACAUUUUUUAUACUUUGAGAGACCAUCGUAAAUUGUUAAAGACAAUUUGUUCUGUAAUUAGCUCGCAAUAAAUAAAAAACAUAUAAAAGGACGCAGAUCGGUGAGAAUAUAUACUAAACUUCUUUAAAAAAAUUUGGAGUCCCAACCGUUCAAAAAAACCCAAAAAAAGGAAAAAAAGAAAACAACAAUUUUAAUGAGAAUUUUUCUUUUUUUAGUUUUAAAUUGAAAUACCGUUAUAUGUGUUCUGGAAGAAGUUGGGAGCCGAUCCGUCAACUAGGAAAAAAAGUUAGAAAACUUCACUAAAAAGUCCUACCGUAACUCAGUGAGGGGGCGGAGCGUCACAGUAACUAGCCUCAAAUUUUACACAUUAUUUCUAGUACCUGUGAUAAUAAUUUUAACUUUCAAAAAAAAUCUUGAGUUUCCUAUACCAAAGGUUCAUCGCUUUUUUCGGGGUUAAAUAGAUGUUUUUCUAGAUAAAGUUUCUGCUCGCUAGCUAUUUUUUUGGGAUCUCUUUUGUUUAAACAAAAAAGGGCGGACAUUUUUCGGUCUCUUUUUUUUUUCACAGAGCGGAAGGAUCAAAAGUUAGAUACAAAAAUGUUUGACGUCAUGCCCUCAGCAUUCUUUUUACUACCUGAGAGAACAGCCAUUCAAACUGCGUGAAGACAAACAUCAAUGUAGAUCCGCCUGCUUUAACAAUCCGUGUCCCUGGGAUACUCCCUCUUCAACACAUUUUUUUUUUUCAAAAUUAUAUGCGUUCGGAGCAUUUUCUCAAUGAUCUUGAAAAAUGUGCAACACCAAACUUCAGAAAACACCGACAAAUUGCUACUUGGUGUCAUUGGCCUUGAGCGACACUCUUUUUUUCUUCGGAGCGAUUCCCCACGAAAUCAUGUACAACAUGAUGGGAGAGUGGGACGACUAUCUCUUUGGCGCCGUCGGUAACAUCUGCUUCUUCCGUCCAGGCCAUUCUGAGACAACUUCAGGCUGCGCGCUGCUGACCAUGCUGCCCUACCUGGCCAUGAACACCAGCUCUCUCUCAAUCACCGCGUUCACCGUCGAGCGUUUCAUCGGCAUCUGUUAUCCCUACAGAGCCAGGUUAGUUUUUAAUUGCGGGUUCUUUGAAAAACUUGCUGACCAGGGGACUGUUUUUUUGUCCCCCCUUGAUUGAACUUUUUGAUGAAACUUUGGGUGUACCUCCUGAUUGCAGAACAAGAAAAAAAGGUUAUUUUUUCUCAAUUUAUGAAGCUUCAAAGUCUGCAAAAUAUGCAAAUUAUAACCAAAAUACAAUAUUUCAAUCUUUCGAAGCGUCCCAACUCGAAAACCAGAUCUAUUGCGAGAAAUAUUUUUCUUCUUCUGCAGUAAGGAGAUCCUAGAGUACACUUCGGCAAAGUUUCAUCAAAAUUUCUACCGGACGAAAAAAAAACGUUCUCUAGUGAGAUGCAACUGUAUAGCUGAUUCACGGCUGGCUUGAAAAAGGUCCUGACAAGAUAAUUAAAGAGAUAGUACCUGAUUUAAUGAGAGCGCAGACACGCCACGCCCCCUCAGCGUCCCAAGUUAGCCGUGAAUCGGAUAUCUAUUUUGCACGCUUUUUACUUUCUUUUGAAUCUUCAAGCAAUCCUUUCCAAUUUCGAUUUUCCAAUAAACGUUUGAUCUUGAAAUCUCGAAAAAAAAAGUUGUGGCCGCAUUUUCUAAAAUAUCUGAUCAGGACGAUGUGUACGGUGAGCCGAGCGAAGCUGAUUAUAACAGUGAUGUGGACGAUGUCGAUCCUGUACCACUCACAAUGGCUCUUCCUGGCUACCCUCGUCCGAGAGCCUCUCGACCACAACUUCACCAUCACCACCUGCACUUUCAGCUUCGAGAGGAACGACACCAUGUAUAAGGUGGGGUGAACGAUUGCAUCGGGGAUCGAACUUGUGACCCUGUGGACCGUAGACAGGCACACAACCUGUUGCGCGCCACGCCAAUUCAACUUUGGUUAUUAAUUCUGAAUCUGUUUGAGUUACUAGAACACCACCGCAGGUGUCGCACGGCAUUCCUAAUGGGAUGAGGGAAGGUGAGCGAGGCGUCAAAGUUUCUGAAUUUACAAAAAAAAGUAAGUGCGCGCUUCGGAUAAAAGGACUGUGACGUCACAGCUACCUAUCGUUGCAAAUUAAACUGAGUAUUCAACGGCAUGAAAAAUACAUUUGGUUGCGUACUUGAGAUUUCAAGUUUCGCGCCAAAAUUUUUUGACGUCUCCCCACCCUGUUUGGCCCAGGUUUGGGAACGCCGUGUAUCGGACAGGGGUAACGCGAUAGUAACAGUAGUCCAUCGAAAAGUCUGAAGCCUAACCAUGGUACCACGGUUAUACAUAACUUAUACCUUGCAAUCUAGAAAAAUGUUCGAAAAUCGUUGCUGGUCCCUAGGUAUACCAUUCAGCACGAUGUAGAGCUCCGACAGUACUGAAGAAUGUACCGGAAGUUUGACGGUGAACAUUAUUAUACCAUACUGAUCCAUCUUGGGGUGUAUGAUCGUAAUACUUUUAUUACCUGACCCGGUCAGGAGGAAAAAUCAAUCAAAGAAUCUGAAAUUUACUGGAAAAGGACACAGACCUAUACGAAAAUUGGCCGCAGUACCGAAGGAAAAUUUCACUUUUUGCGAUUUUUUUUUUCUAAAUAAAGGUUUUGAAGUUCACCCUGCUAGUCACACUUUCAAAAAAAAAAUUUCAGGUAAUAUUUCUGGCUGAUUUCCUCGGACUCUACGUCAUCCCGAUGCUGUUAGACGUCGUUAUUUACGUCAAAAUAGGACUAACUCUUUCACAAUGCAGUGACAAGAUCAAAAACUCGGUCAAGUCCAAAGGUGACUAAGCGCCGAAAGGUGAUCACCAGAAAAAUUGUUUGCAGUGACGAAAAGUGAAGACUUUUUGUUAGCAUCGAGGAACGGAUCUGAAAAUUUGUGCAGGGAAUCACAUGUCAGUGGGCGCCGCUAUUCAACCAAAGGUAAAAACCAGGUGAGCAUCAUUAUAUCAACAUACUGUUUUCAGGUUUCUUUCUCAGAAUUAUAA